GAUUCUACUGUCUCUUGGCCUAUAAAUGGACAGGCAGAAACUGAGCAACAAAAGGGUACCUGUGGCUAUAUUACCUGUUCAUAUCUUUCUCAUUUGCCUAGCCUUUUUCUUUCAUAUUUCAUCACCUGAUGAUCUAUAGCCUUUACUUUCAAAAACCCGCUUACGUGUAUGAUGUGAAAUCCUGAUCCCAUCUCAGAAUUUCAGCUCUAAACCUGCUAUACUCUCAUCUUACGAUGAUUUCAAGUUCAUUACUUGACUGGGAGCAAAAAUGGGGUGACCUCCAGAGAGGAAUAAUCACAAACCUCAGAAGGUGAAACUAAAACGCGUAUUAUGCAUCAGAAAAGAGACAAAUGUAUGGGAACAGCAAGUGAUUAAUGGAAAAAAAUUGCGAUAUUCACUACACACUCAACGCAGACCAACUGUUUGUUAAAAGGUCCAAACCAGCAAUGAAUGUUGUUGGGUUAGGUGACCGAAAAAACAGCAAGCUGCGGUAGCCCCCAGGCCAUGGCCUACCUUGAUUGCUAGCUUAUGCCUACAACUUGGUCAUGGAAGAAUGAUCAGAUGGAAACCCAUUUCUGAAAAGCCACCAACUUCUUCUCUUAGAGGGUGGGUGGAAGUUGGAAUGAGGCAAAGCACAUGCUUUUGUUAACUGCUUUUUGUGGUCGUGGGCUGAUUGUUCGGAUAAAAUGGGGAUGUCGGCAUUCACAAUUACCUCAGUUUUUCUUUAUUUCUGCCUCUCCUCUGUUGUCUCUCGACACCUCCACUUUCCACUUCCUUCUGCCCUCACUCCUGUUUUUUGGCCAUUUCGGUUAAUUGUGCUCAAACUGACGCUGAAACUGAAACCCCAUUCUUUUUCCCUUUUCCAUUAUAUACUGUCCACGUGGCUUCUUCUUUGUCCCCAUCUUUUCUACUGUUCACGAAAAGAUUGGUUGAAAUAUCUUUUUCCCAUUACUGACCAAUAUAAAUAUAAACCUCUUUCUGCGUUUUUCUUCAUUCGAUUCCCUGAAAUUCUUGUUUUUGUGUCUGCGGUUUACUUGGAUUAAAAGAAAAUGGCUUCCCCAUUAAGUGUUUUUCUUCUGUUAGCUGUGUUUUCUCUUGGUAAUGCUGGAAAUUUGGCUUUUGCGACUGUUUUUACGCUUCAGAAUCAUUGCAGCUAUACACUAUGGCCGGGAACGCUCUCCGGCAAUGGUGCGGCGGUUCUUGGCGACGGUGGAUUCCCUCUAGCACCCGGUGCGUCGGUGCAAUUGACUGCUCCGCCGGGCUGGUCCGGACGGUUCUGGGCACGAACCGGCUGUGACUUCGACGGCUCUGGCAAUGGGAAAUGCCAGACGGGUGACUGCGGUGGCACGCUUAAAUGCAUCGGCGGCGGUGUUCCGCCGGUCACGCUGGCGGAAUUCACCAUCGGUUCAAGCAGUGGCGAUAUGGAUUUCUACGACAUUAGCCUCGUCGAUGGCUAUAAUGUGGGUAUUGGCGUCCGGGCAAACGGCGGCACCGGCGACUGCCAGUAUGCCGGCUGCGUCGCGGACGUGAACGGAAUCUGCCCAUCGGAGUUGCAGGUAACCAAUUCCGGCUCCGUCGUGGCCUGUAAGAGCGCGUGCGCUGCCUUCAAUACGCCGGAAUUUUGCUGCACCGAUGAUCACUCGACGCCGCAGACAUGCCCGCCGACGCCGUACUCAGAGAUGUUCAAGAACGCCUGUCCGGCGGCGUACAGCUAUGCAUACGACGACGCUUCGAGCACGUGCACAUGUGCCGGGUCGGACUACUUGAUUAGCUUUUUCCCGUCGGGUUGAUCCAUUAGUAUUGAAUUAUCUUCUUUUUACCUUAUUUCUUAAAAUUCCAUUUUUACUUUAAUUUUAUGAAUCAUUUAAGUCUUUAAAAAAAUAAAAUAAAAAAUAAAAAAUCUUGUAAUCCAUUGUAGUAUUAAAUAGUAACCAACUCCGUUUAAAUGUUUAGAAAUA